AUGACCAACACCGGGGAGGCACGUGGGUUCGAGAGGACUUUGGGAUGGAUCAAGGAAGUUGAUGCAGAGCUCAAGAUAAUUAUAGCUGGAAACCACGACCUCUCACUGGACAAAGACUGGUACUACCGCUAUGGUCGACACUACCACAUAAACCCCGAGGACCCGAGCCAACUCUUCACCUCCCUGCCGUCAAACAUCCACUACUUGGAGGAAGAAUCCCGCACCUUCACCCUCUCCUCCGGUGCAACCUUCAAAGUCUACGGUUCACCCUGGACCCCCGAAUUCGGUUUCUGGGCCUUCAAUUACCCGCACGACAUUGACCGCUGGAAUCCGGACCCCACUAGACGGCGGAACAAAACUGCCGUAGAUAGAGAUCCCAUCCCCGAGGACACGGACAUCCUAAUCACACAUGGCCCCCCACAGGGCUUUCACGACGAGGUAUAUCCCGGGCGCCAAAAUGUCGGUUGUCUGCAUUUGAGGAGGGCGGUCGAGAGGAUACGACCGAGGUUGCAUGUCUUUGGGCAUAUACAUGAAGGACGUGGUGUCACGAGGGUCACAUGGAAGGAGGGUGGCGGCGAGGAGAAGAGGAUGACAGUGCCUGUGCUUGGUGCUAGCGAUAUGGCGGCGCUGGCGAAGAGUUCUGGUGCAUGUCCGGCUUUAGAGGUGGAUGUUUCGAAAUCUGGAGAGGUGCUAGCGGAGAAUGAGACAUUGGUUGUUAAUGCUAGUGUCAUGGCGGUGACAAUGAUGGUGACACACGCGGGGGUUUUGGUCGAUAUGGAGUUUCCGGUUGUGCAGUGUGGGGAAGGUCCGCUCAGUGCUUAG